UCAACAACAUUGAAGGGCCAAGCCCGUGACCCAAUAAAAAGGUGGAAAAAAAAAUAUAAUGCUCUUUCUUUCUCACCAAUCCACCCUAUAAAUAGCACCCUCGCCUUCUUUGUUUGUCCAGAUUCACUGAAUCAAAAUCCAAAGAAUUACGUACGAAAUACUGAGACUGAGAGAGUUACUUUACAAACCAAAAAACAGAGCAAGGAAAAAAAAUGAGGACCCUCAGCACAACAACUUCAACAAAGGCAUCACCUCCAUCAUAUCUAUCAUUGGCACCGCCAUCAACACCGACCCUGCAACAACAACGCUCGCAGUGGCACUCUCCGGUGCCGUAUCUCUUCGGAGGCCUGGCGGCUAUGUUGGGUCUGAUCGCCUUUGCUCUGUUGAUCUUGGCUUGUUCGUAUUGGAAGCUCUCGGGUCGAUCAGACGGUGAAAAUGCGGAUCAAGAGAGAGAUCUCGAGAAUGGAGAUUCUGCCAACAAGGCAGUUAAGGUUUAUGAGGAGAAGUUUCUGGUUAUAAUGGCCGGCGAGGAGAAGCCGACGUUCUUGGCCACACCUGUGUCGAGCAGAACAACGUCGUUCUGUGACAAGAACGAAGAGGGUGAACAGAGCAAAGAAGAGAAAACAGAGAGCAGUAGCGAAAAAGUAGAGAGAGAAGAAGAAAUCGGUACCAAUCAUGAUCAAACUGAGACACAUUGAGAAGACCCAACAAUGAAAACUGUGAGCUGAUUCCCUCUCUCCUUUAAGAAAGAGAGAAAAAUUUUCCUUUCUUUUUCGGGCAUCUUGCUUGUUUUCUUUAGCUAUUCAGGAAUGUAAAUUUCGGUGAGAGUUCUCCACUUUCCAGCUAAUCAUAGCUGAAGUUUACCUACUUUUUUUUUAAUCAUCAGGAUCACCAAGAAAUUGUGCAUAUCCAGUUGAGCAAUCAGCCUCUAUAACACUAAUUCAAGUAAUUAUUGAAGCA